AUGGCCUCAAAAAGUACCAUACUCUCCCUCUACCGCCGCUCUCUCAAGCUCUCCCUCGAUUGGGCUGUCCAUCGAUAUGUCUGGCGCGGCCAGGCAAUGUACAUCCGCGGACUGUUUGAAGCGAAUAAGCACGUUACGGAACCGCGUAGGCAGAAGGUUCUCCUAGAGCAGACUGAAGAGCUGCUGCAAAAGUGGAAGCACCCCGACCCAUACAGACCACCCACCGCGCCGGGUGGAAGCAAGUACGAGCGCAACUUGCCUUGUCCAAAUCUGGACCCACCCCCGCCAAUGCAUUUGUAG